AUGGUGAAUUCAAAAGGAAAUGAUGUUUAUGUGUCAAAUUUGAGAGAAGAAGAAGUGAAAAGUUCUCAUGACUUCAUCGUGUUAUUGAUAUUUGCCCAACGUAAUAGACAAAUUGCCGCAACAUUAAACAAUGAACGAAGCUCCAGGUCUCAUUCUGUGGCACAAAUUAAGAUAGCAGCAAUUAACGAGAAGCGCAAGGAAAAGUUCACCAGUAAUUUAAACUUGGUGGAUUUAGCAGGAUCAGAGAGUGGAAAAACAACACAAAGAAUGGAUGAAACAAAACAUAUUAAUAGAUCUUUAUCUGAACUCUCCAGUCAUCCUAUCACUACAGACAAAUCAAUCCCACAUACCGUAUAG